AUGGCCGACUCGGACCCGGGGCUCUGGGCUCAAAUCCUUGGAAAGGCUGCCUACGAGUUCUCGGUGAUGCAGCCAAUGCUACCCACCUACAUCCACCUGAUCGUCUCAGCCCUUUUCCCAAUAUACGCCGGCGCACACGCCUCCCUCACACGCCCGUCGACCGCUGCGAAACCCGCUAAGAAAAAAAAGAGGUCUAAUACAAGCGAUGACGACAUGGAGGACGACGAUGAGGACGACGACGACGACGAAGACGAGCAGCGCAUUAUGGAAGGCUUAUCGCCCACGGAUGCCCUGCUUAUGCCUCUCUUUGCAGGGACCGCCCUGGCUUCGCUAUACUUUCUUCUCAAGUGGAUGAAGGACCCCGCCCUGCUCAACAAAAUCCUCAAUGCCUACUUUGCCGUCUUCGGCGUCUUCUCCGUCUCACGAUUGGUCACCGACCUCCUUGACGUUGGUCACACCAUACUAUACCCGCGCCGACAUGUCGUUGGUCGAGCGCUAUAUCACGUUGACGGCGAGGCGGUCAAGGCGGUUCCGGUAGCUGGUGAUGUACAGGGCAAGCAGCCGCUCGCCACGCCUCUACCAGGUUUCCUUUCUAAGAUCCCACUGUCUGAAGGGGCAAGGAAUCUAUUCUGGGCUGAUCGAGCUAUGCCAGGCAGCAAAUGGACGUUGAAACUCUACAUACAUCGCGUCUUCGCCGGCAAGUUCAAGAUGGGGCCUCAUGGCAUGGUCGGCGUUUUGACUGGCCUCACAACUGUAGCUUACUUCAACUUGGUUGACAAGCCAUGGUAUUUGACAAAUUUACUGGGCUUUGGGUUUUCAUACGGUGCCUUGCAGCUCAUGUCGCCCACGACAUUUGCCACAGGUAGUCUGAUUUUAGGCGCGCUCUUCUUCUACGACAUUUACUUUGUCUUUUUUACGCCCAUGAUGGUGACUGUGGCAAAGUCACUCGACGUGCCAAUCAAACUCAUGUUCCCACGACCGGCCGCAGCCGACGAUCCCACCUCAGUCCCCUCACACGCCAUGCUUGGUCUAGGUGAUGUCGUCUUGCCCGGCAUUAUGAUUGGUCUUGCCUUGCGUUUUGAUCUGUAUCUCUUCUACCUCCGUCGCCAGACGCGCAGACCCGCUGUUGCAGGAGAAGGCCAAGAAAUUGUUGAGAAGCCAAAAUACUACUCGCUAACCGGCCGCUGGACCGACUACUUCUGGACGCAUUCCCUUACAGGCCGGCCACUCUGGGCUGAUGCCAAGACGAUUGCCGAAACAGAGGCUCCUUUUACAUUCCCAAAGACAUACUUUAAUGCUGGCUUAGUUGGCUAUAUACUGGGCUUAUUGGCUACCCUCAGCGUCAUGAUGAUCUGGAAUCAUGCACAACCCGCGCUGCUUUAUUUGGUCCCUGGCGUGCUCGGCAGCGUCUGGCUUACCGCUCUCGUCCGCGGUGAAAUUAACCUAAUGUGGAACUAUACCGAAGAGAUUGAGGACGAAGAGCAGGAGAAAGAGCCGGCAGAGGCUAGUAAUGCUUCUGAUCCCAAGAGUCCUCUGCCCAAGAAUGAAUCAAGCAACGGACAGGCAUCGCAAAAGAAGCGGACUUCGAACCGGAAAUCAGACAAAGAAGUCUUCUCCUUGUCCAUUGAGGCCCCAUGGCAACUCAAGAAGCCAAACGAGGACCAUGGCGAUAGCGAGAAACCAAAGGCUACUAGCGAAAAAAAUAUUUCGCAGAGCAUCGAUACCGAAAAACAUAAUUGGGUAGCGUCGACCACUACGGCUGUCGAGCGCGUAGAUACUGAGCCCGCGGGCAAGCGUCUCCGCGUGAAGUAA